GCUACAUCAAUUUAGUCCUUUUUCUACGCUGCUUUCCGUGCUCUUUUUCGUAGCUCUCGCCAGGAUCUGGGCUUGGGCCGGGCCGGGGCCGCACCUCUAACAACGGUUUUUACCGCAGCUUGACAGCGAAAAAGGCAGCAGUGGCAAACAAACCACAGGAUACACGGCACGGCGCCCUGCCACUGGCACUAACAGUGGUGAGAAUGAGGGCGGUGCGGGAACAUGUGGAAUUAAGUAACAUCGCUAUAGCCGAAGUGUUCAACUAUUAGAUACCCGUUAUUAAGGUUUAUCCUGCAGUCGCUGAAUGCUUGCAUGAAUGAAUAAGUUGAAUAUGGCGGAAUCCAUCUUAUUGGCAUUCAGACAAUGGUAGUCCGUGAUUGUGACAGUAUUUGGUAGUCUUGAAUUGUGCUGCAAGCCUGUUACAUACAUUUUCGGAAUUCAAUAUACCCUUUUAGAGCUUCGAGAACAGGGUACGAAAAUGGAAUGCCACGCCGUGAACACUCCUUAAUUAAUUUCCAUGCGAAUGCGGGCGCCAUAAGCUGGAAAGGCGCCGCAGGAUGUGUCCAGAGCGGGACCACCGGAGCUAUGCAAACUUAUGGUUUAGGAGGAAGUUGGCGCUGGCCCCCGCCAUGGGCCAGUGUCAGUCGGUUUCUGCACUCGGGACUUACCAGUUUGGCCGUCGACGUCUGCACAAACGGCAUCGGCGUGGACAAGAGCGAUGGGCAACAAAGUUGUGACAUUCACCGAGCAGCAGUUGGAUGACUACCAGGUGGGCAAUACAUCAGAUGUAUUGUUUUGAAGGGAACGACCGUAAUUCUAACUUACAUUUAUUGCCUUUCUCCUCCCAUUUGUUCGGCAAGGAUUGCACGUUCUUCACGCGCAAGGAGAUCCUGCGCGUCCACAAACGGUUUCGUGAGCUACGCCCGGAUUUGGUGCCCCGCCAAAUGACUGAGGGUCAGGCCUCGAGUGUCAAGGUUCCCUGCGAAUGCAUUGAGAAGAUGCCCGAGUUGCGUGAGAAUCCCUUUCGCCGUCGCAUCUGCGAGGCCUUCUCACGCGAUGGCCAGGGCAAUCUGUCGUUUGAGGACUUUCUGGACGCCCUCUCUGUCUUCAGCGAGCAGGCGCCGAGAGACAUUAAAGUUUUCUACGCUUUCAAAAUUUAUGAUUUCGAUCAGGACGGCUUCAUUGGGCACGCCGACCUCAUGUCCUGCCUGACGACAAUGACCAGGAACGAGCUCAGUCCGGAGGAGCACCAGCAGAUUGCCGACAAGGUAAUCGAGGAGGCCGAUGUCGAUGGCGAUGGCAAGCUAUCAAUUUUGGAGUUCGAGCAUGUCAUCCUCCGGGCCCCCGACUUCCUCUCCACCUUCCACAUCAGAAUAUAAAAUUGCCGCUCGUUUGUACUUGUAUUAUUAAAUUGUUUAUGUCUGAGCAUAUCGCAUAAAA